UCCUCAUGGUUCGUUAACCACUGAGCCACAAAGGAAACUCCCAUCUUUCUGUCUUUUUACUCUAGAGGUAAUUUCAUCUCAGGUUUACAGUUUUGCUUCUUCAGUCAGUGUAAAUUAUCAGUAUAAAUUCUAUCUAGCACUGUGGGACUUUCCUGUUUACUAAAAAAACACUAUUUAAAUACCAAGUGAUGAGCAAUACAGCACUCUUGGCACAGACUUUUCCAGCCAGAGGAGCAAGUUCCUGACUUUGUAAAUCAAGAGGCUUGGCCUCUAUCAUUCAAAAGGAAUGGAAGAGGCAUCAGUAGGGGCCCACCUGUUGUACUGUCAGAGUUGCAAGAGUGCUUGGGAAUCACAUUAGCAUUUUUGAGGACAUGAGUCUGCAUCAGAGUCCUUAUAAAUACAGCCUGACUCAGCCACUCUUUGACUGACACCCUUGGGACAUGAAGUGGAUACUGUUCUUUGGGGCCCUUAUUGGGUCUGGCAUCUGUGGCCGAGAAAAGUUUUUUGGGGACCAAGUUUUCAGGAUUAACGUCAGAAAUGGAGAUGAGAUCAGCAAACUAAAUCAGCUUGUGAAUUCAGACAACUUUAAGCUCAACUUCUGGAAAUAUCCUUCUACCUUUGGUCGUCCUGUGGAUGUCCUGGUUCCUUCUGUCAAUCUGCAGCCAGUCAAAUCCUUUCUGAAGUCCCAGGGGUUAGAAUACUCGGUGACUAUUGAAGACCUGCAGGCCCUUUUAGAUAAUGAAGAUGAAGAAAUGCAACACAAUAAAGGUCAAGAACGGAGCAGUAAUAACUUCAACUAUGGAGCCUACCAUUCCCUGGAAGCUAUUUACCAUGAGAUGGAAAGCAUUGCCAGAGAUUUUCCUAACUUGGCGAGCCGGGUGAAGAUUGGGCAUUCAUUUGAAAACCGGUCCAUGUAUGUACUGAAGUUCAGCACUGGAGAAGGCAGGCCACGGCCAGCCAUUUGGCUGAAUGCAGGCAUCCAUUCCCGGGAGUGGAUCUCACAGGCCACAGCAAUGUGGACCUCGAGGAAGAUUGUAUCUGAUUAUGGGAAGGAUCCAGCCAUCACCUCCAUCUUGGAGAAAAUGGAUAUUUUCUUGUUGCCUGUGGCCAAUCCUGAUGGAUAUGUAUACACACAAACUCAAAACCGUUUUUGGAGGAAGACACGGUCUCUCAAUCCUGGAACCCACUGCAUUGGUACUGAUCCAAAUAGAAAUUGGAAUGUUAGUUUUGCAGGAGAAGGAGCCAGUAACAACCCUUGCUCUGAAGUAUACCACGGAGCCUAUGCCAAUUCAGAAGUGGAGGUGAAAUCGGUGGUAGAUUUCAUCCAAGGACAUGGGAAUUUCAAAUCCUUCAUUGACCUGCACAGUUACUCACAGCUGCUGAUGUAUCCAUAUGGGUACACAGUCAAAAAGGCCCCAGAUGCUGAAGAGUUGGAUGAGGUGGCAAGGCGUGCAGCCAAAGCUCUGGCUUCCCUGUCGGGCACUGAGUACCAAGUGGGUCCCACCUGCACCACUGUCUAUCCAGCUAGUGGGAGCAGCAUUGACUGGGCAUAUGAUAAUGGCAUCAAAUAUGCAUUCACUUUUGAGUUGAGAGAUACUGGGCACUAUGGCUUCCUCCUGCCAGCCAACCAGAUCAUCCCCACUGCAGAGGAGACCUGGCUGGGGCUGAAGACCAUCAUGGAGCAUGUGCGGGACAACCUUUACUAGAUGAGGAGCCCAGCUCUAUCUACAUUUGUCUAUCCCUGUGUACACCCACACACACACUAGGGCCACUGUCAAAGGGAGCUUGUUCCUUCACAAGUGAGUGAAGCCUCUGGCUUUGAAGAGAAUGCUGGUCAGCUUCUCUCCAGCCCUAUUCCUUGAAGUUGGUGCGUCCUGGUGGUGCACUGGGAGGAGCUCUCCUGUCGUCCUCUUGUAUUUUGGUUCUGCCUGUUUUGUUGAUCUCUUUGUGUAUGUCUUUCAUUCCAUAUAGCUAGUUGGGCAGGCCACACUUAGGGUGGCACAUUUCUACCUCAGUUUUGGAACAAAAGGACUUCUGAAAUGAUUCUGUAGUCCAUCCAGUUUAGCCACACGUGUGACCUUACUCUAGUGGGGUCCCCAAGACAAGUGCUGUGGGAGAUAAUGCCUUUCUUUUUUAGAUCAGUUUCAAAGAUGACACAGAACUUCCUUUAAUUUAUCUCUCUUUUUUGGACAUGUAUUUCUUUGAAAAAUGAAUCCCAAAAGGUCAUCAGUAUAGGUCAUCCCCUCUUUUUUUUGUUUGUUUGUUUUCAGUCUGAAUACAGAGUAGAUCACUUUUCAUCACUUGGCCCCAAAAUUCCUAGCUAAUAUGGUCCUGAUCACAUUCUUCCCCUUGUUACUCAGUGUAACUGGGAUCCCAGAAGGGAAACUAUGUCGCUAUAGGUACUGCUCACUCAGAAACCCUAGAUGAAGUGGUGAUCUAAUAGCGGGAUUGCUAAAUUAUCCCCAUCUGUCCUAAUGGGCUCACCUCCACUUUGCCUUUUGAACUUACUUCAGAGAUCUUGCUCUCACCCUACUGGUCCUAAAUCACUCCUCUGGCCUGGAUAGUCUCACUACCCUGAGACCACAUUCCUAUUUUGCUGUGGUGUAACUUGUAUUUCCUUCUCUUUGUUUGUGUGUGUGUGUUGUUUUUGGUCUUUAAAGUUGCCUUUUUAUGUGUUGCAUCCUGGACUGUGAGUACCAAUGUAGAGCAAGGAUUCACUGGUCAGGCUCCUCUUGUUUCAUUCCUUCUCAGCAUGUACCAUCUGCCCUUUUUCUUUUUUCUUUCUUUUUUUUUUUAAAUUUGCUUUUACCAAACAUGUCUGUAAAUCUUAUCCUUCUGCCUAGGAUUUGUGCAGCAUCUGCUGUGUGCUCAUAAGCCAAUAAAUAUUCAAUAUGAGUCUCCUGAUCAUCUUCUAUUCUUCAUCUUCACCUCAAUGGAACCAAGCCAUGAUUUUGAAUAUGCAGCUCUUUAUAAUGUCAAAAGUCAAUUUUAAUCCCUCCAUAUCACAUGACAUGUAGGAAGGCCUUCUUCAUCAGGCUGAGGGGCCCCCAGGGUAAUGUUACCUUGGUGAUUUUGCCCCAGUCCUAGGUCUAGUUCUUAGUUUUUCAACUCAGAAGCUUGAUAUUCUCCAUGUCCAUAUUGAUUAGACUUGGGGAUGCUGACUCACGUCUACAGAGCUCAGAUAAGCAGAUGAUAAAAUCAGAAUACGAAUUUAUUAAUUUACAUCAUGGCAUGUAACUGUUUAGUGGAUUGGAUCCUCACGUCAGCCUGAACAGUACAUUCUCUCCCUGUAGGCACAAAUACAUGGGAAGCCAAAUUAUAAUCAAAAGGUUGUUUAGUGAGCAGGGCGUCAGAGCACGGAAAGUUAAUUACAGUCUAUGAUUAGAAUUUUUAAUGGUAUCCAGCUCUAAUAACAUGAUACAUCCAAUUCUAUAACCAGAACACACCUGCCAGCCAGCUGGUCGCUUGUGCUGGCUAGUCUGAGCUGCCUCAGACCAGAUAAGGCCUCAGUAGAUGUGACAAUACUUGCCUUUGUGACAUGCCAGUAACCUGGCUCUAUUUGUGGAACCCCCUUGCCCCAAAGACUGAGCUUGUCCUUUAGAUUCCUUAAACAAGACAUAAAAAACCAUGGAGGAAUACCUGUGGCUAUAAUAACAUUAAGUCUUCAUAUCUGUGACUAUAAUAAAAUUAAGAGCUAAUAAAAUUCAUUAAGAGACCCCAUAAAAACUUGAGAAGACAAGUUGCAAACUAGGAGAAGAUAGUCACAAUAUUCAUAGUACACUCAACAAGGGACAUAAAAAGAACUCCUACAGAUCAUAAGAAAUGCACAAAUAAUCCAAUAGAAAAACAGACAAAAGAUGUGAACAAGCAUUUCACUUAGGAGGUAACAGGUAUUCUGAUAAACAUAGAAGAGAUGGUUACUGAUGGAAGACAUGCAAAUCAAGACUGCAAUGAAAUGCCAUUUUAUACUCAUUCAGUUUCCAAAAGUUAAAAAGUUGGAGAGGAGGUAGAUAAUGGGAUCUCUUAUACAUUAUUGGUGGGUUGUGAAUUAGUAAAACACUUUGGAAAAUAGUUUGGCAUGAUCUUCUGAAGUUCACACUUUAUGAUCCACCUAUUCCACUCCAGGCGUAAACCCAAGAAAUUCUUGCAAUACGCAGCAGGAGACAUACGUGAGAAUGUUCACAGCAACACUGUUCGGGUUUAGCAAAAACCUAAAACACUGUUUAGGUUUGGCAAAAACCUAAAAACAACUUAAAAGUCCACCGGUAGGAAAAUGGGUGAAUAAGGUAUGUGUAUAUAUUUUAUAUAUAUACACGUAUAUACACACUUAUAAGGAAGACAUAAAAUUUGAUAAAACUGAAUUAAAAAGGGAAGCAGUAGUGAAAUAAGUCAGCAGAGAAAACUACUGUGUAUUAUCACUUAUAUGUGGAAUCUAAAAAAUACCACAAACUAGGGAAUAUAACAAAAAAGAAACAGGCUUAGAUAUAGAGACCAAACUAGAGAUUAACAGUGGGGAGAGGAAAGAGGGAGGAGCAAGACAGGAGUAGGAGAUCAAGAUGUACAAAUUAUGUAUAAA